AUGGAGGGCAAACAAUUAAGAAAAGAAAGAAAACCUGAAAACAAACCAGAAAAACGCCUCUCCUUUUUUUCGCCACAACAGCCAGGAAAUAAAACAAACCUGGAAGAAUCUCUCCAGACAAAUAACACCACAGAGGUAGACAUCAACAAAGGUCACUUGGAGGAUAGCCAGGAAACAGGCGAGGGAAGGAAGGAAUACGACCACCUGCUUAAACACUUGGAUAGUCAAUUUGAUAGGCUUAGGGAGGAGAUGCAAAACAGUACCAAGGAUAUCAAGAAAGAGUUAGCUAUCCUCUAUAAACAGAUUCAUGGAACAGAGGAAAAAAUAGACGCACUGGAACACAGGGAAAGAACCCUCAGAGAGGAAUAUCUUGCAAUGAAAAGAAAAAUUAUAGAAAUGGAGAACAAGCUGAUAGAUGCUCAAGACAGAGCAAGGAGCCAGAAUUAG